AUGCCGAGGUCGAAUAGGCAAAAAGAAUACAAGCCUGGGGAUCUCGUGUUUGCGAAAAUGAAGGGUUAUCCACAUUGGCCCGCGAGGGUAAGGUCCUUCAUACUUUUCUUCUUACUAAACCAAACGCUAAUAGUAGGCUUACGUAUUGUCUAUUACACAUGCAUUUAGGCCUAUCUGCUAGAUCAGUUCAAUGAGGCCUACCCCCUUGUCUUUGCAAAGUUUAUUGGCGUAUGAGUACGUGCUGUCAAAUAGGCAAGUGACAUUUUUUUGUACAUUCGGUGUUUCAUUUUGAGAAAUGUGAAAUCUCCUAUUGUAGCAGUAAAUAUACUUUAACAGUAACCUAGUGAAUGCCGUCCUGAUUACUGUUCAGUUUGCAGAGACACUGUUUAAUUUAACUAUUGAUACGAGGCCUAGUAUAGGCUGUUCGAUAGAUCCUGGCUUCAUGUAAACAAACAUAUUAAAUAUCUUCAACUUCUGUAACAAAUAGGCUCGAGUAGCCUACUUUUAAGGUCAAUUACCCCAGGACUUCUAGAAUAUUAAGCUAUUCCAAGUCCAAUCAGUAGCAUUUUACAAUGUGAAUGUAAUACAAUGUUGAGGCGAGUCGUGAAAUGGAUACUUUGAAACAUUGUAACCGAGUUUGCUACAGUGUGGUAAUUCCCGAAUGGAUCAUAUUUGGCGGCAGCGGCGGCGUUUGAUUGUCUGGCAGCAAUGCACGAGCCUAUUGUAACGGUAAUGUAAAUGUUGUAUUUUAGCCCAGACUCCAUUGCAAAUUAGGGGAAAGUAGGUGAUUUAUUGUCAUUAAUGAGAAUUGCCAUUGUUGAUAUAUAUCUCCUUGGGCAAAGGAGAACAAACAUUGCCUGAAUUGGUGCACUAUGAAAACGUUUCUCCCUUCCUGAGGCAUUCUAAAUCCAUUGAAGUGUAAUUAACUGUUUCUGCAACGUGGAUUAGUUUCAAGUGAAUAGUCUACCAAUUUCUUCAACAACAGCAGUUGGAAACUUAUAAAAGUUUCAUACAUUUUGUUUCGUCAAAGGUCAUGCCCAAUUUACUUCUGUAAUCUAUACCUUUGCACAGUAGCCUCCUCCAAAUAAUAUUGGGAAAUGACCAGCUGAAGACAAAAAUAAUUAUUAAAAAAGUAGUCUAUUCAUAUUUUACAAUGAGUAUGCCUUUUGAUCACAAAAGUAUUUGAUGCCUUUGUAUGACUAGUUAGUGCAUACAAGUGCAAGCUUCAUGCUGUUUGAAAAUGAUUGUAUAAAUGUUAAUUCCACAACCAAUGUUACUUCUCCAUGGCAGAAUGUGUUAUUUGUUAAUUUGUAUUAAUUUUGCAUUGCUCAUGAUAGCAGUGUACUGUACAUUACAGAAAUUCACAGCCAGAUGCCUAGAGGGCACUGUUACAAAAGUUUACGGUUGGAAACUAGGGACAAUGUUCAUGAGCAUGUCCUGUGUCAAAUGCCAGAUAUUGGGUAGAAUAUUCAACAAACCCCAUUGGCCAGAUCUCACAGGUGCAAUAAGUGUCAAAUAGCUACUUUUCUCUUCAAAUGUGAUCUUAGCCUACUAGAUACUUCUCAUUAAGUUCAGGCAAUUCAAUAGACAUGGAACAGAAAAGUGGCUAGGAAGAGGCUAUCGUUCAGUUUGGGGGAAGUUUAAUGGUUAAGAUAAUGGGUAAAAUAUAGAGUGAUAUCAGAAAGCUCAGAAUGGCUUUCAGCCUACGAUAACCAUAGAUACAGGACAUGGCUGGUCAGAUCCCUGGAACAAUGCAUAUACCCCCCCCCCCCUCUUGUUUUCUGUCUGUCUGUCUCUUCUCCCACUACUCCUCCCUCCUUGGCCUUUACCAGACUGUCGACAGUCAAUGCCCCUGCCCCGCCCCGCCCCGCCCCAGCCCACCAAACACACACUGGUAAGACACACAACGGGCACGCCUAUAGGGCCUCUUUGGCAUGAAGCCCAUCAGGAAGCAAGGUGGCACAGUGAGGCAGGCAGGCCGACGGGCACAGUGACUCAGGGCCCAACCGUUGUCACAGGGCUUCCUGUACAACACACCAUAGCUGCGUCCCACAGAGAAAGAUCAUGGGUACCUCUCAAUCCUGUCUAGUCUUAAUCUCCUCUCCUUGAUCUGAAAACAAGGUAGCCUAGGUGAAGCAAUAUGGUGGAUAUUUAUUUUCACCUGUCCAGGGUUGUCUCAAUAAUCUCUCCUUGCUUCCAAAGUGUGCACUUGUUCACUUCCCUUCACGUAUUUUAAAGUGGCAAUAUGUAACUUUUUGGGCGACCAAAUUCACAUAGACAUUUGAGUUAGAGAUCUAUCAUUCUACUUGAAAGCACGUCUAAGAAAUGGUAUAUCUGUUCUAUGUGCGCUAUUUCUAUGCUUCCCGUGCUCAGCCAUUUCCUGGUUGCUAAAACUAAUAGUCUCCUAAUUUCAGUUUGUGAGAAAAUAAGAUAGUGUAGAGAAUCAAUUAUAAUCCUUUGAUCUUACAUAGUUUUGAAUAAAAGCAGAUAUGUGAGCAUAGAAAUGUAAUUAGAGAUGAAAGUAGGACUAAUUUAGGCCUACUGCUGAAAUGUUAAUUCUUAAAAUCUGUCUUUCUAUUUCUGUGUGUGUGUUCAUGUCGGACACCUGCAAAUGUGCAACUACACCAAAGAAUGUGUCAAAUGAGCACGCAGAAAAGUAUACACUCACAUAAGCAUUGGUUUAUUAAUACAUUUAUGCACGAUCCCAGAUGUGCAUGCACAUUCAUAGCACGCGAAACAAAAAUUCAUUACUAUUCCCUAAACUAGCCCAUAAUGCCAAACAUGGAGUGAGGGGAAAAAAGUAUUUGAUCCCCUGCUGAUUUUGUAUGUUUGCCCAUUGACAAGACAUGAUCAGUCUAUAAUUUUAAUGGUAGGUUUAUUUGAACAGUGAGAGACAGAAUAACAACAAAAAAAUCCAGAAAAACGCAUGUCAAAAAUGUUAUGAAUUGAUUUGCAUUUUAAUGAGGGAAAUAAGUAUUUGACCCCUCUGCAAAACAUGACUUAGUACUUGGUGGCAAAACCCUUGUUGGCAAUCACAGAGGUCAGAUGUUUCUUGUAGUUGGCCACCAGGUUUGCACACAUCUCAGGAGGGAUUUUGUUCCACUCCUCUUUGCAGAAGUUAUUAAGGUUUCGAGGCUGACGUUUGGCAACUCGAACUUUCAGCUUGUGCUUCUUCUUGAGCCACUCCUUUGUUGCCUUGGCCGUGUGUUUUGGGUCAUUGUCAUGCUGGAAUACCCAUCCACGACCCAUUUUCAAUACCCUGGCUGAGGGAAGGAGGUUCUCACCCAAGAUUUGACGGUACAUGGCCCCGUCCAUCGUCCCUUUAAUGCGGUGAAGUUGUCCUGUCCCCUUAGCAGAAAAACACCCCCAAAGCAUAAUGUUUCCACCUCCAUGUUUGACGGUGGGGAUGGUGUUCUUGGGGUCAUAGGCAGCAUUCCUCCUCCUCCAAACACGGCGAGUUGAGUUGAUGCCAAAGAGCUCGAUUUCGGUCUCAUCUGACCACAACACUUUCACCCAGUUCUCCUCUGAAUCAUUCAGAUGUUCAUUGGCAAACUUCAGACGGCCCUGUAUAUCUGCUUUCUUGAUCAGGGGGACCUUGCGGGCGCUGCAGGAUUUCAGUCCUUCACGGCGUAGUGUGUUACCAAUUGUUUUCUUGGUGACAAUGGUCCCAGCUGCCUUGAGAUCAUUGACAAGAUCCUCCCGUGUAGUUCUGGGCUGAUCCCUCACCGUUCUCAUGAUCAUUGCAACUCCACGAGGUGAGAUCUUGCAUGGAGCCCCAGGCCGAGGGAGAUUGACAGUGCUUUUGUGUUUCUUCCAUUUGCGAAUAAUCGCACCAACUGUUGUCACCUUCUCACCAAGCUGCUUGGCGAUGGUCUUGUAGCCCAUUCCAGCCUUGUGUAGGUCUACAAUCUUGUCCCUGACAUCCUUGUAGAGCUCUUUGGUCUUGGCCAUGGUGGAGAGUUUGGAAUCUGAUUGAUUGCUUCUGUGGACAGGUGUCUUUUAUACAGGUAACAUGCUGAGAUUAGGAGCACUCCCUUUAAGAGUGUGGUCCUAAUCUCAGCUCGUUACCUGGUUGAGAGGGGGUCAAAUACUUAUUUCCCUCAUUUAAAAUGCAAAUCAAUUUAUAACAUUUUUGACAUGCGUUUUUCUGGAUUUUUAUGUUGUAAUUCUGUCACUCACUGUUCAAAUAAACCUACCAUUAAAAUUGUAGACUGAUUAUUUCUUUGUCAGUGGGCAAACAUACAAAAUCAGCAGGGGAUCAAAUACUUUUUUCCUCUCACUGCACACACACACACAGGUCUGCCUGUGUUGUUUAUUGUUGUUCAGCUCAAAGUGAGUCAGUGAAGAGACUUAUUGAUUUGCCACUGUAUUCAUUGCCCAAUAUUUGCCUUGGGGAGAGUGACACCAUUUUGACAACUCUAAAUUGCAGUCAUUUAUGCUAUGUGUGUAUUUGAGUGAGAAAACAAAAGUGUUUGUCAGUCAUUAAAGCACUUACAACCAGGCCUGUCGAGUGUGAAGUACAUUUUAAAUUACCUUAAUGCAGCACUGGCCUUUUUGUUUACGCUGGUCUGUCUCUUUUCUUUGUUUCAGUAGCCAAACUAAAUAUUUUAUGUUUGUAGUGCUCCUGCAAUUCAUAAAUCAAUAUCAUGUGCACUUUUUGUUGAAGUUUUACCACUAGUUUUCAUUUAGUUUGAUGAAGUGUUACGUGCUGUUUUUUUUUCAUUUAUAUUUCGAGGUUGGACGUUGGGCUCACCGAUUAGUGUCACCUCGUUAGUCAGAAGGUGUUUCACCUGUGCUGGCCUAGUGAUCCAUUUGCCUUGAGAGCUGUGAAGGGUUAACGCCUUUAGUUGUCUCUCUCUAUUUCAUUUCUUUAAAAAACUAUCCUUUAUCUGAUCAUCCCUGUUUUUUGUUUUGCUCCAUUUUUUUGUUUUGCUUCCUGUAUUUAAGUUUGGUGUGGGUUUUCAUUUUGUUUGCCUCCUCUUGGGCAAAUUUAGUCAUGAUGGGUGCCUUUUAUGCCCCAGUUGUUGUUGCUAACUUUCAGUGUACACCCCAUGAGUGUCCUUCUGAACCCCACCUAUUUAGUUUGGUUGUUAGUGACUCUUUGUUAGUUCGCCUUCUGGUUGAGCAACAAUUUUUGAUUUAUUUCUGGUGGACGUUUCAGAAGCACUCACUAAAAGAUUACACUCCCUGUUUCCUUCUUCCGCAGAUUAACGAGUUACCUGAAGGAGCAGUCAAGUCCCCCGCAAACAAGUACCAAGUGUUCUUCUUUGGGACACAUGAGACGUAAGUGAAUAUGUUUUUUGAUGCGAUGAAUCCUAUCACAAUUCCAAAUGAGCCCCUACCUUCUAUACACUUGUGGAGAUCUGAGAGGCUUUGAUAUGUAAGUAAUAUGGUGAAAAUACAGACUAGCUUGUUGGAGAACAAGUUGGAGCUACAACCAUAUUGUUCCUUACACCUAUCAAAUUCUCUCCAAAUCUCCACAAGUGCAUUAGGCGGUUCAUUUGGAAUUAGACAUUACCCUAUUACCUGGUAGCUCCAUAGAAUAGUAUUUUGAAGCUCUGUAGGUGGUUGCACGCGUCAACCUUUGAACUUUCUAACCUUUGCCCUCUCAGGGCAUUCCUGGGUCCCAAGGACUUGUUCCCCUAUGAGGAGGGCAAGGAGAAGUUUGGCAAGCCCACCAAGAGGAAAGGCUUCAGUGAGGGUCUAUGGGAAAUUGAGAACAACCCUACGGUGGUACACGAACCCACAGGCUAUGAGGUGUGUGUGUGCUUAGAGUACGACGGAAAGGGAGGUGUCUGUCUACCUGCCGACGUGCGUGAACCUUUGUUCCUGUGUGACACAACGUAUGAUUUUAGCAAAUAUUAAGACGCACACCACACAAUGUUUCUUUUUCCUAUUCUGGGAACACAAAAUCCCUAUUACUUUAUCAUCAAUGACGAAAAAUACUCCCAAAUACACAUUUACCUAUACUCAACCUCAGCAACUACAAGGAGUAAUUCACCAAGUUUUCCUGCCUUAAUUAUGUUCUUUCUCCCCCAGCCGGCAAAGGAGACCCCAGCAGAGGGGAUGGUGGAGGCAGGUGGGCCACGAAAGGGGAAUGCAGAAGGAAGCAGUGAUGAGGAUGAAGGGACCCUCAUCAUCGAUGAGAAGAACGACAGGGGAGUAGCCAAGAGGAAAGCUGGGGGUUCCGUCGAGGUAAGUAUCAGUCACAAGCAAUGUUCCCUAAUUUUUUUCUGCACUGAGCAAAUUUCAUGUUUGCUGAGCGCAAACUUGAACGUUGUGAAAAUUCUGUGCAGCUUCCAGCUCGCGUUUACUGUGAGCACUGAGGCUGUACCCGCUUUAAGUUUUAACAGUGGCCACGUAGGCUACUUUGGCUAUUUGAUCAUAAUGUAGUCCUACUAGAGUGUCCUACCAUCAACAACAAUGGAGAAAAUGCAUCCCAUAACAUUUUAACAUGGAAAUAGCUGUUCUAUCAUUCAGCCUACAGUAGCAGCCAAUGUGUGGUGUUCAAUGUAGGCCUACAUUCCAUGAGAAAAUAAAAAAAAUAUGCAGGGCUUGACAUUAACCUGUUUAUCCACUUAUCUUUUAGACAAAGUGACUGAAAAUGUUGUUUGAUGCAAGAAACUACUUUACAAAAUACAAUGCAUUAUUAUUCCCAUACUAUUAUUACAGCGAAUCAGACAAAUUAUUGGCUACUUAGCUUAUUCAAGCCUGUCUCAAAAUACAACAUUUCCCCUUUAAGACAAAAAAAGUUAUUUACCUGACUCGCUUUUCGAAGAUGUCUAGAAAUGUACACGUUUGGUGCUAGUGUAGGAAGCAAUCACUCCCGUAUUGCUGAUAACAGGUAGCUUAGUGGUUAAGAGCGUUGGGCCAGUAAUCGAAAGGUCGCUGGUUCGAGUCCCCGAGCCGACUAGGUGAAAAAUCUGUCAAUGUGCCCUUAUUGCUCCUGUAAGUCGCUCUGGAUAAGAGCGUCUGCUAAAAUGACUAAAAUGUAAAAAAAAGUCUAACUGGGUUAACUCACUAAAUAGCAAAUUAUAAGUGGCUAUAUGCAGCUCUUGCUUUGAUCUCAAAACAAGCGCAUCUCAUGCUGUAAACACAGUCCAGUUCAGAGUAAAUGGCACAGAUCCAUAUAUGGCAAUGGUCUAAUUGCAUGUAGGCCUACUGCAGCUCUGAAAUGUUUAUGCCACACCUGUCUGUGUAGAGUAUGGGCUUAGGUGUGCGUGUCAAUGCAAUAGUAUCCUACUCCGAUGUGUUCUGCCUACAACAAAAUCUCUUGCAUAAUUUGUUUUGUUUCGGUAUGUUGCAUUGAAAGUGGCUAAUAUUGCAUUGAUUCGAUCACAAUUGCCACAGUAAAGGGAAACGUUGAUAGUGUUAAUAGGGAAAACUGUAGAACAGUGGUCACCAACCUUUUCUGAGUCAAAAUGCAAGCAGAGAUCUACUGCUCAGAUUUUUUUAAACAUUACUUAAAAAACAUAAGCUUAUGCAACAUUGACCUAUUAAAAACAGUACUGUAGCAAUGAGGUUUGUGCAGUAAGCUAUAGGCCCAAUACAUUAUCACCGCAUAUUGGCUUUGCUUGAAUUGCCCUGCCAGUGCAUUGUUGUUGGGUCCAUUAAAAAAAAUUAUAUUUCAAAAUUUGAGGUAGGCUAUAUGAUCACACCGGUAAUUGAUCAGUUGUAUUACUUGUGAGGCGCAGCUGAGUGAGCAUACAUUUAAAUGAGCUUUUUAUUUUACUGGGCUGAUGGUGCCUGCAUCUGAUGGUCAGUCUUAGUAGAGGGAGAGAGCAGCAGACUGAGGGUCUGCCUCUCAACAUCCCUCCACUCUCCCUUUCCUCCACUGGCGCUGAACACAAAAAGGGACAUCUUUGCACCACAUAAUUUCUGCCUCAUGCACAAAUUCAUGUUACUCCUAUGAACAGAGAAAGUGAAAUAUUCCUUGAUAUUAAAAAAGACCCAAGCUGCUAAUAAUAACAACAAUACAUGCCUAUAGAUACACUUUCCAACUCAUUCAUUACUGCUGCAGUGCUUGUUGUAGCGCUGAGUGGAAAUAGUAGGAACGCGCAUUUUAUGGCUAAUGAAAGUGUUGAAUACAAAGUGUUGACAGUGCUGAGUAAGAACUUAAACAUGAACUCACUCAUAAACACAGCAUCUCUUUGCUGUAUUCGUUGACAGUCUCUCUCUAGUCAUGGUUUUAAACGUUUUGAAAUCUCACAGUAUCAACUUUGCUGUAGCUUUCUUUUAUGCCUGCUAAAUUACUGCAGACAGGGUCAUCUGAGCCAUCCGAUUGGCCAGCGGAAGGCCUAUAGUGCACUUGAUAUCAAAUUGUAUUUGUCACAUGCGCUGAAUACAACAGGUGUAGAGCUUACCGUGAAAUGCUUACUUACAAGCCCUUAACCAACAAUGCAGUUUUAAGAAAAUAGAGUUAAGAAAAUAUUUACUAAAUAAACAAAUGUAUAAAAAAGUAACACAAUAAAAUAACAAUAACGAGGCUAUAUACAGGGGGUACCGAGUCAAUGUGUGGGGGUACAGGUUAGUCAAGGUAAUUGAGGUACAUGUAGGUCGGGGUAAAGUGACUAUGCAUAGAUAAUAAACAGCGAGUAGCAGCAGUGUAAAAAGAAACAACACAAAAAAGGUGGGGGGGGGGGGGGGGGGUCAAUGUAAAUAGUAAGGGUAGCCAUUUGAUUAAUUGUUCAGCAGUCUUAUGGCUUGGGGGUAGAAGCUGUUAAGGAGCCUUUUGGACCUAGACUUGGCGCUCCGGUACUGCUUGCCGUGCGGUAGCAGAGAGAACAGUCAAUGACUGACAAUAGGAUGGAUGGUAGAGGCAGGUUACCCACUCGCCGACAAAUUCUCACAAGGCACCCGCAUCUGCGAACCCUUUAUCUCCGUCUCCUCUUCAUGUGAAUGACUGGUACUGGCUGUUAUUGGCGAAGAACUUACUCACAGGUGAUGGCAUGACCAUUUUCUGCUUUAGGCUGCAUUAUACAGAGUGUAUAAAACAUUAUGAACACCUUCUCUGUCCAUGACACAGACUGACCAAGUGAAUCCAGGUGAAAGCUGUGAUCCCUUAUUGAUGUCACUUGUUAAAUCCGCUUCAAUCAUUGUAGAGGAAGGUGAGGAGAGGUUAAAGAAGGCUUUUUAAGCCUUGAGACAUGGAUUGUGUAUGUGUGCCAUUCAGAGGGUGAAUGGGCAAGACAAAAUAUUUAAGUGCCUUUGAACGGGGUAUGAUAGUAUGUGCCAGGCGCACCGGUUUGUGCCAAGAACUGCAACGCUGCUGGGUUUUUCACACUCAACAGUUUCCCAUGCGUAUCAAGAAUAGUCCACCACACAAUGGACAUCCAGCCAACUUAACACAACUGUGGGAAGCAUUGGAGUCAACAUCGGGCAGCAUUCCUGUAGAACGCUUGACACCUUGUAAAGUCCAUGCCCUGACAAAUUGAGGCUGUUCUGACGGCAAAAUAUUAGGAAGGUGUUCCUAAUGUUUUGUAAACUCUGUGUAUAUUCCACAGGAAUAUUCAGUAGCGGUUUAUAAUAACGCCUUGUAAUAGAGAUAAGUAGGUAACACUUUACAGCCAGCGUCAUAACACGUUAUGACACAGUCAUGACCAUGUCAUAAUAUGUCAAAACAGUAUACUUAAUUUGUUAUAAUAUGGUCAUAACACUGUCAUGACCAGUUGUGCCGUAUAUUGCGUUAUUUUAUAGCUGAUUUAUGACGCAUACAUAAGUGUCAACCCACAAAACCUACCAAAGGCAAAACAUUCCAUUACACCAUAGCCUACGUGUCAACAGUAUGUUUAUGUUAUAUACUUUUUUUUAAAUUGACCGUCUUAAAUUAUCAUUGUAAUUGCGCACACAUUGUCAGACAUAUACCUACCCCAAUGCUCUGUUGCUGAUUACUGGGAUGAAUGCUGGAGCAGAUUUCAGGACCAGGACAAGAUACUCUCUUUUUGACUGAUUACUGAUAUAAGGGCAUGUACAGUUUGCAGUAACUUUGUUGAAAUAUCGCAAACGGACAUGGCAGUUUCACCAUUAAGCAUUCCAGCUUUAAGUUUUCAAAAUGGCCUAGAACAUAUCGAUGGUUAAACAAUAAUCACACAAUACAGACGAUGUUUAAGGAAAUAUAGUGAACAUUUUAUUCCAGAACAGUGGUAGUAGAGUAGGGCCUGAGGCCACACCCUUAAUGUGUUGUGAAAUCUGUUGAGAAUGUAUAGUUAUGUUUUUAAAAUUGUAUAACUGCCUUAAUUUUACUGGACCCCAAGAAGAGUAGCUGAUGCCUUGGCAGCAGCUAAAGGGGAUCCUUAAUAAAUACAAAUAGUCACACUUUUAAUAGUGUGAUGUGUAACUUCAGACACACUCUAUGCUGAGUAAAGUAAAGUUUUUGUCCGAAAAUGCAAACAUUACCCUUUUUUUGGCAGUGAUUUUACUACCAAAACCAGUGUGGAUUGCAGUUGCUCCUUAGAGCAGUCCAUAGACUGCUUACGUGGUAAGAAAACAAAUACCUGAAUACAUAAUUUCGCUGAACUAUCCCAUUACGUUUAAAUAGUUACUACCCUUUAAAGGCUAGUAAAAGUGCCGCCAAACAAAGCAAAGUGUUACAAUAUUCUGAGUUUAAAAGACUGAGGCACUGGAAGCAUUUAAAGGUUAUACAUGUAACAUUUCUAACUCAAUCACAUAUGUUGUAAUGAAGGAAUAAAAACCCACUAGAGAAAUACUGGCCGGUCCGGCCAGCUGUGUGUGUAGGCUACAUCUCCCUGUUUUAUGAUUAGUUCUGGUUUGAGAGAUUGACAACAUUAGCAAAACAUUUGCAUUACAAUGUUUCCUCACGUCCUUGAAACAGUUGUUUUACAACAGUUUUUAUGACUACAAUCUUCGCAAUGUUUCCUUUAACAUUAUGUGUUGUGUGCUUAUUCUUUUACCAUUGAUACUGUAUGUUCUAGGCUAUUUUGAGACCUUAAGGAGCAUCAGGUACUGCUGGAAUGUCUACCAAUGCAUGUCCAUCUUUUUGUGAGAAAUUACACUGGUCACUCAAAACAUAAUGUAUAAAUAGCCCUCACUUUAGAUGAGGUCACGCAAAAGUCUUUACUAAUGAUUAGUAAAUGGUUUAUAAGGACCUAUAUUAAACAUCUUAUAAAUUAUCCUAUGGAUCAUUAUUACAUACUUUAAACGUUUAUAAAUAUGUGAAUAGCUAGCAUACUAACGUUAACAAAUGUUGGAGUAAUGAUUAAUGAAUAAACUAUUUACUAAUCCAUUAUAAAUGCUUUAUUACAAGGUGUUAUUAUAAAGUGCUACGAAUAUUAAAUAGAAAGGUGGCAGGUGUGGGUCACUUUGCUUGUCGUAAGGAAACUGGCAUUGCAUAGUAUUUUAAAGGUUUUUAAGAGGUUGUUUAUUUGAAACAGUAACAAAAAAAGCAAAAUUAAGUAAACAAUCAUGUAUGUUUGCCGACUUCGGGGAACAUGACACUUGAAUAAGUGUGAUGUGUCUUUCUGUCUCUCCGAAGAGCUCUCCUAAACGAACCUAAGGACACAGAGAGCAAAGGUGACUCGAAGGUGGAUAGCAAGAAGUCUGACACCGAGCUGAAGCUCAAUGACAAGGCAGGGCCUAAGCCCACAGCACUGUCUUCCGCAGGCGAACCAAAGCCAGAGGGCCAGGCAAAACCACUGACUGAGGCCCAAUUAACAUCAGAGAAG